GUACAGCGCUGACCCAACAAACAUUCAUUUCAAGGUUUUCAUGCCCUGCGUCCUUAUUGUCCGUGCUCAGUUGCUCCCUAUAUAAUCAGGUGGGUGUUCUGCUUCAUCCUCUCAAGAUGUCCCUCAUACCUCAACCCAAGCCUUUUCGCACAUAUUUGAAUCCAAACUUCCCAGAUAAGCACCAGAUCUUGAUCUCAAUCCUUCAACCAAAACAUAUCCGGAAGUAUGAGUGGCGGCCAACGAAAUGGACCCCUGACUCGGGUGACUAAGGGGGUUGGCAGUCUCAUAGGUCUUGCGGCCGAGGCGCAUGCUCAACACAAGAACAAAAAAACAAGCCCGGUUGCAAGGAGACAUGACGCCCUCGAGGACUCCAACGGCGCACCGAAGAGCAGAGGGGCCGCCGUUCAACAUGAAGCCCAGGACAUCGACGAACAAGAAUCACUUUCUGACGAGGAGGAGGAGGAGGAUGCUUUUGCCCUCGACUCCAUCCUCCCCCCGUCGUACGAUGAAGCAAUCUCUCCGAGUUCUUCCAGCACUACUCCAUUCACCACAAUAAAACCCCUCCCAGCUCCUAUCAUCCUACCUCAGCGUCGCCCUCACCGUUCUUCUCGAGGCUUUAUUCGAGCGUAUGCUCCCGUCCUCCAAACCCACAAAAAUAUCUCUCAAGCCGCCUUUCUCCAGUUCCUCAAAGACUUCCAACAGUCCUCGCGCGCCUCGCCCGUGUUCCAUGCAAUUAACAUUGGCGCUAUGGCUGCUGGGUUCGCCCCCAGCGUGAUUGCCAUGGCCGUGAGCAUGAGCGUGCAAGCCGGCGUGAAGUAUGCCAGCGCCGCGCAGGAGAGGAUGAGAACGAACUCUUUCUUGGACAAGGCGAACAGGGAGAUGUUUUGGCCCGUCGGGCUGCAUGCGAUGAUUACGACCUUUGCGCCCGGUCAGACCGACCAAAGCAUUCUGGACGUCGACACGGGACGUCCACUUCCCUCGUCCGGCGGAACAGGCCGACGUGAACUCGCGAUCCCUCAAUCCGCCCCGCUGAUCUUCCCAGAUGUCGACGACGAAGCAGAUGACGACGGCCAGCCGGCAUCGUCUUGGAAGCGGAGCACAAAGUUUGUUUCCUCGUACUUCGACCGACGUGCCCAGGCCGCUUAUCCUUCCACCUACGCCGACGCCUUGCAGGCAGAUUCAAAUGGCCGGCCGAGCUUCGCCAGCCGCUUCAGCGACCCCAAUCACCCCGCUAAUUCGGGAAGUCCUCUCGCGCUCCUGACGGGUGGCAUCAUCAACCCAAGAGGCGACCAAGGCGGGUUGCUGUCGACCGUAAGAAGCAUAAAGCGAUCCAGCUCCCACGGAGACGAAGGAUUGCUGAUGCGGCUCGCACGGACCGCGUCGGGCGCGGCACAAGGUGAAAAAUACAGACAGCAGUCCUAUGGAUCUGCUUCCCUCUCUCUCUCCCGAUCUGAGUCCCAGUCUCAGCCCCAUUAUUACCAGUCCCGUGAACCGGACGACCGUGGGUAUUCAUCGCACGAGAGCUCUCGACGGCGCCACCGCCACGAACGACGUCAUCGCCGGGAAGAUUCAGGGAAUCCAUGUGAUGAAGGUUACAGCCGAGGACGGCCGGGACCGCAAGGACGUGGCGGCGGCGAUGGUCGCGGUGGACUCAGACAAGUGCUGAGGAGAGCAAGGACGAUGCAGCAGGAUGUGCUGUACCUCGUCAUCGCCGAGAUCCCAGACUCGGUCAAAGAGGAGAUGGCGUGCAGGCGGCGAGGUUAGUUGGCGAUCGAUACAUACAUGCCAAGUAAGAAAAAAGGAAUAGGCGCUGGUCUGGACUCAGCACGGCGGAGUUCCUUGUCUUAUACUAUUAUUCAUUUCAC